AUGGAGAAUCUUCUCUUUCUUCUGAAAAGUAUUGGUUCCACAUGGCUGAGCACGAGCUCCACCAGCUGGGCAGUGGACAUGAUCCUUGCCUGUGCGUGUGGGUUGGUGCUCUUUAUCCUACUGAUCCCUUUUCUUGACUCCAAUCCAUCCUUCCCAUCAACUGGGAAAGAGAACAACAGAAAGAUGUUCCCAGAAGUCCUGGAACCCACGAAAUUCUUUGUCCUAGCUUAUCUCCUUCCCGACAUCCUGUGCGCGCCCAUGACAGCUGCGGUGCCCAGAAGGUUCCCUGCUGCAAGCAGUGCUUCAGCUGGCAAGCAGCAUCACAUGAAGAAGAAGGGUUGGGAAAGAAACAGGAAGAACUGUAUUCUAAAAGCCUCCUACACAAGCUCCCUGGAAACGUCAGAUCCAAUGAGCUCUCUCAUGGAGAUGCCCCAAGCAGAGGCAGGAAGAGGGGACCACUCUUUCAUCCACCCCGAUGUGCAGAAGCUGUUGGAGAUGCUGAUCAGUGAGAAAGUCAAACAGAAAAUGUGCCAGGAAAAGCAACAGGGUGGCUCUUUUUUCCAACCAUUGAACACAGACUACCCUCGGGCUUCUCUGAGCAACCUGUUAAGGUUACUGGGUGACAAACUCACCUCAGCACGGCCCUUCUGCAGCACAAAGGCUAAGCCAGCAUGGCUUCUUGGGCCUCCUCAGCAGCCCUCCAUCCCCAAGGUCCUGGGAAGCCCGUUAGAGCACGAACGCAGCCUACUCUUCUGGGGCCUGCCCUCUCUGCACAGCGAGUCCCUAGUGGCCACUGCCUGGGUCACUAAAAGGUCUUCAUCUAGCCGAUCUCAGUCCAUCAAAUUUAAUGAAGCUCCUACCCACAUCCCAGGUCAAUCUCUUUGGAACUUGCCCCCAUUUCUGCCUUAUGCCCAGCCCCAGGCCCAAGUCCCGUGCUUUCCCCCAAAGCCACAGUCAACCUCUCCAUCCCAGGUCAGGGUCUGUGGAACAACUUGCUCUACAUCCCAGAAGAAGGCACAGUCUUUUCUUCCCAAAGAAAAUCAGGACCUCGAAUGGACCCUGCAGAAGCCACAGAAAUGGAGAAAAGCUUUAGAUACUAAGCUCCAAAAAGCUCAAGAACCCAUUAGCCUACCCAUGCUCAACCUUCCUCAGGGUGGCCUGGCCUCUAAGGCCCCUUGGUCUGCCUUUGUCCCUUCUGGGGAUUCUCCUAGCACUGAGCUCCAGCAGAAACCAGAGUGCCACAGGCCACAGGGAUUCAACAGAGAAGACCAGACUGAGAGCCUGCCCCAUCCUACCUUCAGGUUCUACAGUCUCAUGCAGCCUCUGGGAAAACUCCCAAGGAAGGGGCAGGGGCAGGCGCAGGACAGCCACGAACCCACCCAGAACACCAAACACUCAGUUCCUACUUGUAGUAACAGCAGAGGAUCUCAGAUGACAGAGUCCUGGCACUCUGGGAGAGACUUUAAUAAGGGUCUGAUAACACUGAAUCCAGAAGAAAAAAGCAAUGUUUCACCAGAGGCAAGUAAAGAUAAAAAAGACAUGUACCAGAUUGUGGGAAGUGCCUUACCAAAGGGCACAGAAAGUGGCAUUAUUUGUCCUGAGGAGUAUGGCUCAGGAGGUCACUUCUCUAGAAGCCCAGGUCAGAAAGUCCUGGGAAAAUGCCUACAAGUCCAUCUGAGCAGAAAGUUGGGGCAAAUCAAUGAAGGCAUGAUCCCUGUGUGUGUACGGAGAUCGUGUUUUACUGCCAAACAGGCUUUGCCCGAAUUGAACACUAUCUCACAACCAACAAAGAUAACAUGCUCCAAGAGUGGGGAAGUAUGUGUGAACACCCCACAGGAGCUGGCCUUUCCUAACCCCACAACUCAAAUGCUGCUGGAAGCACACAUUAAGAAGUGUGGGUUAAGGCACGAGCAGGAGACUCCCUUCCAGAACGUUGAGCACAGAAAUAUCAGUGUGACUACAGCUCAAGCCUUGCCUGCUCCACAGCCCGCCUUAGACUCAACUGCCUGCGACACCAGAGCUGACUUCAUUGCCAAAUUAGCCACCUUUGAGGAAGAUAUUCCUGAGAAAGUUCCAGGAAAGAGAGAGAUAACAACACAAACACUGUGUCUGACUCUAGAGAGUCCUCUCCCUGCCACCAGGCAGCCUGCAUGUGAGGAAGUGCAGAAGUCCAGCACUGGGACCCCAUCUGAUCAUGCCAAUGGGCCCUCAGACAUCACCCCAACUGCAAAGGGGGUUGUGCUUCCUUCUGCUGCCUGCACCCUGCAAAGCAGCACUGUUUUGGAGACCAAGACAGACUCUAGCCCAGUGCCCACUCCAGGCCCUGCAGUGGCCAAGCGUGACCCAGGGGAGGGGACUGGGAGGAUGGCCUUCAGAGGUACCUGUCACAGCAUACCGAUGCUGGAAAUCAAACUGCUGUCCCCACUCUCAGUAGCCAAAGAGAGCAGGAAUCUAGAGGUGGAGGAGAAGCAGCCUGCAUGGGAAGUCACCGUAGGGGCCAGCAUGAUGGAAAAUGCCCAGAACAUCAACAUCAGCCUAAGGACUCUAGGGUCUCAGGAUACCGGUAAUCACUCCUGCUCCUCUGAUCAAACUCCAAGUGGGAGGAGAAAAGUGGAUAGUCACCCGGACAUCAAUAUGCACGGAGAUAGAGAGAACCGGUCUCACGAUGUGUCCACUGGAAGCCUUCGAGAGUCUCACACUGAGGCGCCCCUCAGCACCGGCACCUGUCCUUCACCAGCCUCUCUGGCCAACUCCCAGUACACACCCCACAGCAACACGCCAACCCCACAGUUCCUGUGUGACCACUCAGUGAAUGCGGCGAGCAGUCAGGGACAGCAUGAGCCCAGCAUGUCCGGAUUCCAGGACACAGAAAAGAGCAGCAGCAAGCUGUCUGAACCCACUAACCAAAGUAAGAACUACAGGAAGCCCAGACCAGGAGACGAGGAGCAAACAUUGGCAGGAGAGAGGCCCUCCCAUUCCUGUGAGCUGAGCCCUCUCGAACAGGUCAGGGAAGUAGAUACCCCUGGGAGCAAGUCCUCUCCAUGCCUGCCAGAGAAGGACCAGGCUUCUAAAGAAAGCCUAAUUAACAGAAAUAUGAAGCACUUUCAGGAGUAUCUUAACCCAAAUAAACAAUGCAAAGAGCAGGAAGACUUCAUGCAAAAGCCCAAAUCCUCAUCUGCCAUUGCUCAGAGUCGAACCUCAGUCACAAACAGAGUGGUCAGAAAUAGGGAGGACACAAAUUCACAGGUGCUCUUGACAGCUAUUGGACAGAUUCUGGUAGAGAAAUUAGGGCUUCAUCAUGGACGUGCUGCUUCAGAUUUAAACUCUUGUAAAGCAGAACCACCCGAAUCGGUAGGUAGGCGUUCCUGCUACCACAGACUUCCUUCUAGCCCAGAGAAGAGGACAAUGGUGAAAGAUGUGGCUUGCGCUCAUGACGACAGCCCCAGGGACCACAGCUGUCCCACUAAGAGACGGUGGGUCACAGACAGGUUCAGCAAUCAGGCCUUGCUGCCCCAGAAGCCUGUGCCCCCUACCAGUCACGGCCUUCAGAGGUCAACAGGCAGGGGUGCCUCAGAUUACCUUCACCAUCACCCCACAAGCUCUUUCCAUAGAGUUAUCUUUUCUAAAAUACAGCAGAAGCUUCCUCAUGCCAUUUCUUCUGAGGAAAUAGUCUUUGCAGAAGAAAUCUAUUAA